AUGAACCCCAGCUGUCACAGGGUCCUUUCCUCUCAGACUCCUGAAGAACAGUGGGAAAACGCCACCUGGCUGGUGACAGAGUUUGUGCUGGUGGGUUUCUCCAAUCUCCCAGACCUGAGGACCAUCCUCUUCACGCUGUUCCUGCUCAUGUACCUGGUCACCCUCAGUGGCAAUGUCACUAUCAUCACCAUCAUCCACGUGGAUCAGACGCUUCACACUCCCAUGUACCGCUUCCUGGCAGUGCUGUCCCUCUCUGAGACCUGCUACACGCUGGUCACCAUCCCCAAUAUGCUGGUUCAUCUGCUCCUGGAGAGCCAGGCCAUCUCCAUUGCUGGCUGUCGGGCUCAGAUGUUCUUCUUCCUGGGCCUGGGCUGCAGCCACUGCUUCCUCCUGACCCUGAUGGGCUAUGACCGCUAUGUAGCCAUCUGCUAUCCCCUGCAUUACGCAGUGGUCAUGAGACCUACAGUCUGCCUCUGCCUGGGAGCCCUGGUUUUCUGCUCAGGGUUCUCCGUGGCCCUGAUCGAGACCAGCAUGAUCUUCUCCUCGCCCUUCUGCAGCAGCAACCGUGUAGAGCACUUCUUCUGUGACAUCGCCCCCGUCCUGAAGCUCAGCUGUGCUGAGAGUACAGGCAAAGCUCUGGCCAUCUUCUUCCUGAGCAUCCUUGUGGUGCUGGCCUCCUUUCUCCUCAUCCUCCUCUCCUAUGCCUUCAUCGUGGCCGCCAUCGUGAGGAUCCCCUCGGCCGCUGGCCGCCACAAGGCCUUCUCCACCUGCGCGGCCCACAUCACCGUGGUCAUGGUGCAUUUUGGCUGCGCCUCUGUCAUCUACCUGCGGCCCGACUCUGGAGGAAACCCCAGCCAGGACCGCCUGGUGGCUGUCUUCUACACGGUGGUGACGCCGCUGCUGAACCCAGUGGUGUACACCCUGCGCAACAAGGAAGUCAGGGUGGCUCUGAGAAGGACCCUGGCGCGAAGCUGCCGGAGUUUUAAAUAA